AUGGCGGACGACAAAUACAUUGAGAAACUGUCUGUGUCAGAUAUUUUUAAGAAUUUGCUAUCUUGUAGUGACGAACAAAGUAUUUUAGAGAAAACAAUACACGUCUAUGAUGCUAAAGAACUUCAAACUGGCUGGCAAACUGUGAUUUGUAAUGUAAAAUAUAUUGCUUGUCCCACAGGAGAAAGGCGAGCCGAGCAAGCCAGUCCGUCGGUGAAAAGUGAGUCGUCAAAGAAACGAAACAAGAAAGUUAAAGCAACGGAAGAGCACGAGAAUGAUUAUAAAUAUGAUAAAUGUAAAAGUUUAGGGGUGCUUUCAUACGAUGUGCCAUCAUGGAGAACUAUUAUUGAUCCUGAAACUUGUACAUAUAUACAACGUCCGCAUCCAUGUUUAUAUUUCACAGCCACAGCUGGAGUCGGUGAUUUGAGAAGAUUAACUUUUGUUGAUCCGGCUGGGGUGUUAGAUCAACAUUUAGGCGGGUUUGUACAACGACAGCGAGCAAGAAACGGAUUUCAAACUGGUUUUGGUAGAUUAAAUAAUGCACUUUUACAAAAUGAUUCAAAUGUAGAAAUUAAUGUGAAGCAUUAUAAUCGACUUCAAAUGCCACUAAAUCACUUAAAACCACUAGUGGAAGAAAAAUCUGAAUUCUGGCCUGAUAACCUUGUUACCACCAGUGAACCAAAGCCACAAAUUCUGAAGCCAUUACCUAUAACAAGCUGGAAAGGCAAUCUUCAAACAUCGUCAAUUACACUAACGACUAAAAAUCUUCCUCCUGUACUAUUACCAAACAAAUGUUCGACAAUCGACAGAAAAACUGGUCGGAUACACCGUGAUAUCCUGCAUAGUCAAAAAAUAAAACUUGCACCAUUUAAACCACCUGUCACACCAGUCAAGUAUGUUCAACCAAACAGAAAACAAAAACAGAAAUUAAACUGGCUACCUAUUACCACCACAUCAGCAUGCUUAUCAAGAAACACUGGCCAAUCAGAAGUUGCAAAACCAGCAUGGUCAAAGAUGGUAGUACUGUCACAUGACCCUAUUAAUUAA